UCAGUUCUAUUGUAUUUGUAACGUAGAAAUGUUCGGAUUAUUACUUUUCUGUUUAGCAAUAUCUUUGUUGUUGUACUUAGUCAACAACUAUACAUACUGGAAAACGCGCGGAGUGCUGCACGAGAUGCCAUUACCGCUACUAGGGAAUUUUAAAGGCGUGGGACGUAAAUAUUCGAUACGUGAUGUCAGCGAACGAGUUUAUAAGAAAUUUAAGAAUUUUGCACCUCUCGCGGGAAUAUAUGCGUUUGUAACACCUGCUCUUUUAAUUUUCGACUUAGACUUGGUGAAGUGCAUUUUAAUUAAAGACUUCAGCAGUUUUCAUGAUCGACCAAUAUUUAAUAAUGUCAAAGAUGACCCUUUAACGGGUCAUUUAGUUACACUGGAAGGUGAACAAUGGAAAGCUAUGCGCACAAAAUUAUCGCCGGUUUUUACGGGAGCACGUAUGAAAUUUAUGUUACCUACGAUAGUUAAAGUCGGACAACAAUUUACCGAAGCCUUAACAGACGCGUUCAAAAAUAGUUCGGAUCAGAUUUUGGAAAUUAAAGAUUUUUGUGCCCGUUUUACUACCGAUGUUAUCGGAAAUUGUGUUUUUGGAGUCGAAUGCAACAGCUGUAAAGAUCCACAAUCAGAAUUUCGCGUAAUGGGUCGUUCGAUCUUCAAUGAGCCCCGUCACCAUCCUAUAGUUCAAGCAUUUAUAACAACGAAUCCAAAACUCGCGCGCUGGUUACGUAUGAAAAUUAUACCGGAUAAAAUAUCUGCAUUUAUCUUGAACUUAAUUCACCAAACUAUUGAUUAUCGUAUUAAAAACAAAAUCAAACGGAACGACUUUGUACAAUUAUUAAUGGAAUUGAGAAAUGAAAGUGAAUUCGAACACAAAAAUGUAAAAUUAGAAAAAAUCGAUUUAUCAUUAGGUUUAACCAUAGAGCAAAUGGCUGCUCAAGCUUUUGUCUUUUUCAUAGCUGGUUUUGAAACUUCUUCAACCACAAUGUCCUUUUGCCUAUACGAAUUAGCUAAACACCCCCACAUACAAGCUAAACUGAGACUUGAAAUAGAAACUGUACUCAAGCAACAUAAUAACGAAUUGACAUAUGAAGCAUUAAACUCUAUGUCCUAUAUGGAGCAAGUAGUUGCAGAGACUUUACGCUUAUAUCCUGUCCUUCCCAUUUUAGCACGAAAAUGUCGUCAAUCCUAUCAGGUGCCGAACACUACUUUGACUAUAGAAAAGGGUACAUUGAUAUGGCUACCCGUUAGUGCUAUACAUCGUGAUGCCGAUUUGUACGAGGAGCCUGACACUUUUAAACCGGAACGUUUUGAGCCUUCUGAAAUAGAAAAACGCCAUCCUUGUGCUUACUUGCCGUUUGGUGAUGGUCCACGCAACUGCAUUGGAAUGCGUUUCGGGAAAAUGCAAACUAAAAUCGGUUUAAUAUCUUUUCUACGGGAAUAUAGCGUGGGUCCAUGUGAUAAAACUGAAAUACCUGUAGAGUUAGACCCUAAAAAUUUCCUAAUAUCAGCUAAAAACGGCAUUUAUUUGAAAAUGAGCAAAGUUUAAGAUGUCAUUUAUGUCAAUUUUUUUAUACGCAUGCAUUGUUUAGUAAUAAAAGUGAAUUUAAAUAUAAAACAUAAAGCAAAUGUGGCCCUUUUCCCAAAUCAAUCAAACAUAAAACUUAGAUCAAAAUGUGCUGGAAAUUUAUUAAUUAAGUAACUAAAUACAAAUACAAUUCCUGCACCAUUCGACACCCUACCCUACAACUAUUCACACAAAUAAGGCUUUAUAUGGAAAGUGAGCCGUUCCGCACCAUUUUUAAUGGCGUUCGCCUUUUUGUCAGUGUAGACCUGCAGGUUGAAUACAACAAAGCAAAACGGAGAGACAGAUAAACCACAUCGACUCGGAAAGUUAUUCUGAAUCAAUCGGCAUAAUAAAAGACGGGGUUAGCUCAAGUCCUUCUUGGUGUUACGUAUAGCCGUACAAACUUAGUAUAUUCUUGCACCACAAGUGGUGUAGUAUGUAAAUAUUAACUGUUUUUGUUUCUUACUUUCGAAUUCGUACAGUUGCAAUAAACGAAUCUGCCCGGCGGCAGCUUUUUGAGUGGUCCGUCCAUGAAUUUCAAUCAACCAUAACCCGUCAAACUCGCUCAAAAUUAUCAAUUUUGCAAUUUGUUGUUUUCAGAACCGGCUGUCAGGUGUAGGGUUCAGAAAAGCUUCUUUAAAAUAAUAAAUUUUUUGCUGUAGGGCUUCGGCUUAAAAUUUGAAGAAAUCGAAAGCGGGUUUCAGAUCGUUUUAAUUACCCUUCGAUUAAGCUUAACUCGCCAUAGACAUUAUAUAACGGUAAAUAAAAUAUGAGAAAUGCUUUUUCUAGAGACCGCUGUAUAACUUUUUGCGACGAAUCAUCUUGUAGUCCAUUCCUCUAGCAAAUUAAUAUUACCCAUGCAAAAUUUCAUCCAUAUUGUGCUUGAAAUUUUUCUCUUAUCAUUCGGGUCAGUUUAAGUUUGUUGACUUUCGUAUCUACGACUACGGAGAACAGCUCAAUACGAACUAUUUACUUUCUUAACUGGACUAUCCCAGUUUUUUUGAUAAACAUAGAGAAACUACUUUUGGAGAUUUUCAUGUCAUUUCUUUCAUUUUUUUUUUUUUUUUGUUUUGUUUUUAAUAAAUAUAAUAAAAUAUUGUAAAGGGCUUAUAAUAAAUUUUGUGAUAUGUCUGUUGUUUACUUUAUAUAUGUUUAAAGUUUGAUCUUAUUUUGUUUCAACUUUCACAGCAGCUUGUGUUUGAAUGAAAUACAUUUUUCAUUGUGUCUUUAAUUAAUAUCUAUAAAUCUUUGUAAUAUAAAAGAUUUCUAUUAUGGCCGUAUAAUUUGUGAAAUUCUCUUUUCAAAAAUUUCGAAUGAAAA